CUUAGACAAAUGGAGACACUUUUAUGUGACAAUAAUCCUUUACAAGUUCCACCAGUUGGUGUAUGUAAUCAAGGAAUACAAAGUAUCCGUAGUUAUUAUCACGCUAUGGAUAAAACUAAAAAUAUUCAUUCAAAACGACUAAAGGUACUUAUAUUGGGACAGUCUAUGGCGGGAAAAACAAGUCUUGUAAAAAUGUUGAUGGAGGGUGAAUCGACGCAGAUAAAUGAAGAUGACAGAACAUUUGGUGUCGUGUUUUACAAUUGGAAACCUGAACCACAUGUGGACGAGUUGGAGUUGAUGGUUAUUGAUUGCGCAGGACAGAAAGCUUAUCAAAUGACUCCUCAACUUUUACUCUCCGAAGGAGCGUUAUUCAUCUUGGUGGUGAAUUUAUUUCGUUACGUUUUUGAAAAUUCUGCAAAUUAUCACGAAGAAGUUGCACAAUGGAUAUCUCUAGUUGCAUCACGUGUUCCUAAAGCUAAAAUCCCAUUGGUUCCUACACACGUUGACCUAUGUCGUAAUGAAGAAGAGAUCGAUCUGAAAUGUCGAAAUAUUGUGAAAAAUAUGAAGGAACAACGCGAGGAAAUGUUACGUGAAAUAAUAGAAAACGUUAAACGUAAACUGGAACAUUGUGUUUCUUCUGAUGAAAAGUCAAAAAUUAUGAAGCAACUUCAAGAGCAGAAAGAUAAACUGCCUGUUUUGUCUUUACACUAUAAGGAAGAGCACGAGAACUUAGACGGCAAUUUAUCCUUGAAUGUCAUUGCCAUUAGCAACAAAUCGCUGGCAGGCACCUUAAGGUUACGACGUGAACUCGUGAGGAUCGCUAGGGAUAAAAAUCUGUUCCCAUAUGUUGACAUAACUCUUCCAGAAUCAUGGAUGAACGUCGAGAAAGAGAUCAAAGCCCUUCGGAAGUCCCUUAAAGUGCCGUGUUUAGCUAUUUCCGAGCUUCACGAGUUGUAAAUCAUUCGGAAAAUUGAAGUUACAGAGUGUGAAUUGCGAUCCUGUGUUUCGUAUUUUGACACCAUUGAUGAGCUACAGUAUUUUAAGAUGUUUGUGGUUGGAAUUUUUUGAUGAUGAAGAUAUGUUCAGUGAACUUUUGAAGUUAUUAACAUACUUUAGCUUUGCCUGCAAGAUACCUACACCUGCCUAUCAUCUUUCGGAUGCUCCCGAAGAUGGACCAUCUGGAGCAUGUUAUUUACUUCCGUGGUUCUUCAAAACAGAACGCAGAGGAUCGGUUUAUAAAAUAUGGCCACCAAAGCCCAAAUCCUCGCAGAAUUAGUGUGGCAAGAGUGGAAAUACAUUGAUGAGUCAACGAAACAUAGAGAAUUGUUUUUAAAAUUGAUUGAAUAUGGACGCAAUUCUAGUGACGAGGUUAAAGUGGUGGGCUAUGUAUGAGUAAUUUUCUCAAAAGAAUUUUGCAUUGGCAAAGGAAGUGAUGCAACCCGUGUUUUUCUUGGACUGGGUAAGGAUGGUUACGGUAAAGCAGUAAAACGAAUACAUCGAGAUAGCUACAACCAGCUUGC